CUACAUGCAUGAUAUUGCAUUAAUUACUCAUGUGUAUUUUGUGCUUGUUUCUUUCUUAUGGGGUUAUUGUUAAUCUUCAUAGGAAUUGUGGUUUUUGCCAUGGACAUGUCAUGAAAAAUAAAGAAUUGCUUCUCUCUUUCACCAUGAGGAGUACAUUAGAAUCCGGAUCUCUCAUCCUUGUCCCAGAUAAAGAAACUAACGCACCAACCUCAACUGACAUUGGCGAAGGCAACAAAAGAAAGAACCCUUUAGUUGUGCCGAUGAAGAAAAUCUUUUGUUGCUCCAAUGAAGUAGUGGAAUUACCAACUGGACAGGGUAAAUCAUUGAAGGUAAAGCAAGUCUCUGCUGCUGCUCACUUUUGGCUUUCUGGCUUGUACAUACUGUUGAGCUAUAACUUAAGUAAGUGCCAUCAAGACAAAAAUAGUUAUGGGGAGGAGAAGAACUUUAAUGCAGCCAAAAAUUAGAUGACACCCUGAAUUCUAAAACUGUGAAAUGUGGUAAUUUUUUUUGUUUGUUUUAUGUUGGUAUGCCUAUUGUUUAUUUAUAACAAACUUUAAUUUAUUAUAGUAUUCCUCUUCAUA